AUUUGAAUACAUGUUUGUGUAGAAACUUUGACAUGGCAGCAAAAACAACAACGAAUCCUCAGGAAAGUUGGAAACUUAGCAAAGUAUACCUCGUGGGCUACAAUGGUACGCAGAUCGUUGGCUGGACAUACAUGCUUUUGCAUACGUUGUGUUAUUUCUUGAAUCGUGGGACCCUAGAUAACCUCUGGAAGGAGAUCAGCUGGAAUCUGGUAAUUUUUCAAAAUGCUGCUGCGUUAGAAGUUCUACACGCGAUAUUGGGAAUUGUACCCACCGGUGUCUUCUUGACGCUCACGCAAGUGACAUCUAGAGUGUUUCUUGUUUGCGGCGUGCUACUUGUGUCAGAUGCAGCAAGAAUAAGCCCUGGCAUAGUGCUUUGUGUGCUUGCGUGGUCAAUCACCGAAAUAAUCCGAUACAGUUAUUAUGUAGCCAACACGAUCGGCCAACCGCCACCGCUGCUGAUGUUACUACGAUACUCAACAUUUUUCCUGCUGUACCCACUUGGAGUCACUGGAGAGUUACUGUGCAUAUAUGACUCUCUGGAGGAUAUUGCUGCCCGUCAGUUUUGGACAGUGCCAGUGCUGUCAUACUACAUUACUAUACCUAGCCAGUACCACAUAAUCUUUAGCAUGUUAUACCAUUACUUCCUUAUUUGUUGGAUGUUACUGUACAUACCUAUGUUCCCGAUGUUAUUUGGACAUAUGAUGCAACAGAGGAAGAAAGUAUUAUCCAAAUUUAUGAACUCAUAUUGAAAAUAAUCGAACUGCGUGUAUAAUGUAUAUACAUAGAUAAUGUUAUUGGUACUAUUUAUUAUGGCUUACGGGAAAUAUGAUUUAAGUUUAGUGUUAAGAGGUUAGUAAGCAAGAAUUUUUACGUAGGUAUAUCUACUUAAUUGAUGUAUUGACUAUUCAAUAAGUAUUUGCUUUUCAAUUCAAGUCCAAAAUAAUUAAUGUUCGUCUAUUUUGAAUUUUGAUAUUUUGUAUGCGAAGUGUCCUUAA